GUUCAUUUGAUCAUGUUAUAGAUAAGAAUUGUAAGCUCAAGGUGUAAUGUGAAUAUCUCCAGCAUAAGCUCAUGAGAAAGGCAACGUUACCAAGCUUGAGGUAAAAGUCAGCCACUGCUGAAGGCAUGUGGCAGAUAUUAUGGCUCAUAGUCGGCAUACACCUCUUGGGAGCCAACAGCUGGCCGGCUCAUGCCAUCCUGUAGCCGGGUCCCCUCUACCUGAGCUCCAUGCACGUCACACAGCAUACCUUUUGACUUCAUGAAGAUCCCUGACAUUGGUGAUGUAAUGAAUAAAUUUGAAGUGCUUGGGAUUGUGGGUGAAGGUGCCUAUGGUGUUGUUUUGAAGUGCCGACACAAGGAGACCAAUGAAAUUGUGGCCAUUAAGAAAUUCAAGGACAGUGAAGAAAAUGAGGAGGUUAAAGAAACGACACUACGGGAGCUUAAGAUGCUUCGCACCCUCAAGCAGGAGAAUAUUGUUGAGUUGAAAGAGGCCUUCCGCAGAAGAGGAAAGCUAUAUCUUGUCUUUGAGUAUGUGGAGAAGAAUAUGCUUGAGCUGCUUGAGGAGUUACCCAACGGUGUGCCAACUGAGAAAGCACGCAGCUACAUCUACCAGUUAAUCAAAGCUAUCCACUGGUGCCACAAGCACGACAUUGUUCACCGGGACAUAAAGCCAGAAAACCUUCUCAUCAGCUCCGAUGACGUCCUCAAGUUAUGUGACUUUGGCUUUGCACGUAAUCUCUCAGAGGGGACUGAUGCCAAUUACACAGAGUAUGUGGCCACUAGAUGGUACCGCUCUCCAGAGCUCCUGCUCGGGGCUCCUUACGGGAAGGCAGUGGACAUGUGGUCAGUGGGCUGCAUCUUAGGAGAGCUGAGUGACGGACAGCCUCUGUUCCCAGGAGAGAGUGAGAUUGACCAGCUCUUUACCAUCCAGAAAGUGUUGGGACCCCUGCCACCAGAACAGAUGAAGCUCUUCUAUAACAACCCUCGCUUCCAUGGGCUGCGGUUCCCUGCUGUGAACCACCCCCAAACCUUGGAGCGAAGAUACCUAGGAAUCAUUGGCGGAGGCCUGCUGGACCUGCUGAAGAACUUGCUAUUGCUGAACCCGACAGAGCGCUUUCUCACAGAGCAGAGCCUGAACCACCACGCCUUCCAGACCCUGCGGCUGGUGGAGCGGCCGGGCCCACCCACACCUACACCUGUACGCUCCUCCAAGAGAAAACCUCACCAUGGAGACAACACCACCCCCAGCAGGAGCCAUGGGGGAAAGAGCUCAGGAAGCCACCGCUCCAGCAGCAGAGAGUGCUCCAGCCUGCCCCGACAUGAAGACCUCCACCCCAGCAACGACAGCUUUCUCAACGGCAACAUGUCUGCACCAAUGAACCUCAGCCCCACCCUUCAUCCCAAGAACUACCAGCCGCAGAUGUUUAACCACUCCACCUCCUGCAGCAUGGACCUAACCAGCAGCAACUUGCCUCACCUGCUCAGCCCCAGUGAGGUCAAGAGCAAGGGCGAUUUCGAGAUGAACCUGGGGUCCAAGGUGUCCGACGGCCCCGGAGCCAAGUACCUCAAAUCCAACUUCCGCUCGCAGCAGAAUCGCCAUUCUUUUGUGGAGGGGAAAACCAACACACUUCAAUCAGGGGAGAAACAUAAUCGACACAGCUACAUGGAGUCUCACAGCUCAACACCCUCCUCCUCCAAGUUCGCCUACCUGAACUUGUCCAAGAGCUAUGGCACACUUAGUGAUGCCAAGUCAGUGGGGAACUUAAAUGAUGUGCAUCUGUAUGCCGAUGAGCCUACAUCUCGCUAUUUUCCUUCAAGCUGCCUUGACCUUACAGUUCCAAGCAGCCCUGCAGCCCGCCGAGUUGACAGACUGGGACCCGGCACAGCUGGCCGAGGAAGCAUGCGGUCAGACAGAGAAAGCAACACUCUGGACUCCUCUUACAGGCGCUCUUCCGCGCGACACAAGGCCUCAGAGGAGACUAAGUCACCAGAUGCCCUGGACCCUGGGGACAGUGGCGUCGAAAGGAGCCACGCUCACUCUCUGUCUGCCCCACACGACCCUCUGCCUUACGGUCAGGGAUACACCAGCCCCUUCUCCUCCCAGCAGCGGCCGCACCGCCACUCUAUGUAUGUACGGAGGGACCAUCAGAGGACACACGGGACAGACGAGGGGCUGGCGGUGGGGCAGGGCAUGCCCACCAGAGCCAGCAGCCUCCAGCUCCUGUCUCCACAACUGCAGCACCGCACGCUGCCACGCCACUCUGGGGGCUCCUCCAGAGAGGAAGACAUGAGCAGGAGCGAACAAGCAACCACUGAAGUCACCCACAACAGACCCCCAAUAAGGGAUUCCACAAGGGACAACACUGCUUCUUUUCACACACAGCGGCAAAAAAGCGAGGUGGGCUUAUAUCAUGACCAGCAAACAGAAGAUGGGGGCUCUUCCAAAGAGAACCGCAACAUCUACAGUGAAUCCAUGCCUAGGAGGGUGGGAAGCUUCUACAGAGUCCCUUCCCCCCGGCCAGACAACUCCUUUCAUGAUAGCAGGGGUCAGAGCCGGGGCUCUGGCCUGUCCGGGGACGGCAGCAGUUUGACGAACCACUCCAAACGUCAGCCAGCCUUUGACCCUUGGACUGGCCCAGAUACUGUAGUGUUGAACCAAUCUGAGCCAUCCAAAGAAAAGGAGAAGCAGGGUUUCUUCAGAGCAAUAAAGAAGAAAAAGAAAAAAUCUCAAAUGAUGGAAGUCCCUGAUGGAAGACCUCCUGUCAUCAAGAAAUGUCUUUUCCCUCUGUUUAGCCCAAAGAAUAACAUAAAGCAUAGUUCUUCUGUGAGAGUCCUCCCUGUAGUGUCUUCUCCCAUGGUUCCGACUGACGGGGUGGAUACAGUCAUCCAGAAGUCCUCGAGGGCUUCGGGUCACCAGAGCAGCCGCCACAGGACCCGUGACAAGAGCAGAGACCGGGACCAAGAGCGAGACCGAGACAGGGACAAGGACUGGCCACCUGAGAAACUGUCUGACUCACACUCUCCAAGUCAGCCGCUGAAGUCACUGCGCAAGCUCCUGCACCUUUCAUCCUCAUCCUCCAACCAGACCGCACCCUCUGAUAUGCGCUACCAGCCGCUGCCUAAUCCAGCAUCUGCUCAAGGUGGUUUCACAGAUAGCCGGGGUCACUCAGGGGUCAGUACGCCCCAGCUGAAGAGCAGACAGACAGCCUACCCGCUGCCUGGACAGCUGGAGUCCGGCUGGCACACGUCUGCCCUGGGCCGCCCCGAGGGCAACCCCUACCCGGAGCAAAUGAGCAUCAAGGGAGGCCAGAAUGGGCACGGCUUCGGACGGCCCUCCAGGUCUCGUAUGCCAAACCUCAAUGACCUGAAAGAAACGGCUCUGUGAUAUCCAUCACCCUACAGCCCUCACGCCCACUUCAGACUACUCCGUUUCCCCUCUGUUGCUCCUACACCUCCCUGGCGUAACAGUACACCUGCUGUACACACACACAAACACACAGAUACCAAACCUUCAGUUUUAAACACUGCUUGCAAACAGGCCAAAAGCCUUUUUAUGUCUAAAUUUUUUUAAAGCUUCCAUGUUUGAUAGACUUUAUAUUAUUACUUAUGUAAUUCUAAUUAUAAUUUGUAUUAUAAAGUAAAUAUAUUACAAAUUAAAUAUAUAUAAAUGGAUAGAUAAAGUGUAGAUUUUAAGUGUAAGUAUUUUUGUUUCUAUUGAAUAUAGAAAUAUAGUACAUUUUACUGCGUAGUAUUUCCUUAAGACUAUCUAAGGCAUUCUAAACAAAUAAAGUUUUAUCAGUUGUUACAAUAGAGAUCAGUAAUGUCAGUAGCUUGUGUUCAUCUCACCCAGGACUGUAACUCUUCGUCCGAGCUGUCUUGCCUUUGGAUGUGCUCUGUCAUACAGGUAACAGAUGCUCAAAUGUGCAACUACAAGUCAAAGCUGUCUUGUUCUUAAAAAUAUAGUUGUAGUGCCAUUUUUCUGAGUUGGCACUGACAAUCUUAAAAGCUUAAAUCUGUUUGUUCUUUUUGAGGAUAUUUAGGUUUUUAUGUCUUUUUGAAAUGCAGCCAUUUUAGACACUAUGGUGCCAUAAACUGACAGAAAUCCUAGCCUACAUCGCCCUCUGUAUGAAAUAAUGAGGCACUGCAUUUACUGUUUUCUGACAGACUACCAUGCACUAACAUUUAGGCACUGAUUUUCCAUGCACAGUAUGUGUAAAUCAUUUCCAUAUAUAUUAUAAACAAAUAUUAUACAAUUAAAACUGUGGCUACACCUCAAUCAUUUCAAACAGAACAAACAUAAUAACUGUUCCUUAUGCAGACUAUACCGAAGAUCCUUUUGGUAGUAAUUUAAUCUAAAAAUAUUAACUGAAAUGUGUAUUUAUGUAUGUGUUAUGAAGCAACCUUAUGGAUGAACCACACAGUAGUUAAACCUUGAUACUUUGCACUGCUUUCAAGGAUCCAGUAAAAGGGCAAAGGACAUCUGAAGUUAAUACGGAAGGAUGUGGUUUUCCCUCACUACCAGGAUUCAAGGAAGUCUGUUUGUUGUUCAUUUCUUACUUAAAGAUUUCACAAAAGCUACUUCCAAGUGGUUUUGAUUGUAUAAUCAGUUGAAAAAUGUGCAAAUACAUGCAAAAUAUUCUAUAAAAUUUGACUGCUGGAAAUUUUUGGUUCAUAAUUGUUGUUACAAAGUCAUUUUUACAGCAGUUAGAGGAAUACAAAAGCCAUUCUGGGUGUACUAGUGCAGUGGUUCCCAACGUUUUUUCUGUCUGAUGUUGUCCCCACAGCCCUGUCAGAUGAACUCAAGUACCCCGUCAGCCAUGUUCCACGUGUUCAUUUUCCGUUUAUCUUUCAUUUGUAGCUAUAUCAACUCUUUAUUCUUUACAUUUAGCUAUUUCUACAAAUUUUCCAAUGUUUUUAGCUAAAUAUUUUAACUUUCCAUCCAUUUUUUUAAGCUUUUUCAGCAUUUUUCAUUACUUUGAGCUAUUUGCUUAUUAAUCAGCAAUCUAUUUCAGCUGUUUAUCCAGUACUUUUGAGUUAGCUGUUUAGAUUUUUCUGCUCGCUUGCUAACUUUUCACGCACUCUCAUUUGAAAUACAAAACUACUGUUCAGGUAUUAUUACGGACUCAGUAUUUUUUUGAAUCAAAUUUUUCUAUUUUUUCAAAUCAGUUCAGCUACUCUACAAUCUUUCCGUGUACCCCCUUGAAACUGCGGAAAUACCCCCUGGACUACAUGUACCCCUGGUUUGGAAUCACUGAACUAGUGUAUUUUUAACUGACUGCAAAUACUGAGACACUUGGGACGAGCCUUUAAGAAAUCUUUAAAUCGAACCACACUGGGGGCAGAGGUUCUGUACUGUAACUUUUUUUUUUUUUUUUUUUUGUCUGAGAUAAAGUGCCAUGAAAGUAGCUUGGCAGAAAUAAAUCUUAAACUUAUUAAUGUUGCACUUUGAAGAGACUGUGUGGCUCAGCAAUAUUGCUCUGACGCUGUAAAUUCUUCCUCGGUUCAUGUUCAUCAUGUGCACAGUGUGUGAGGACUGAAACACGGGGCCGCAGGCUCCCGCAGUAACGCACUGAGUCCAAACAUGACCGUAUCGUAUUGUGUGUCGUGCAUCUGUAAGGACUGUGCACACCCCAUACUUGACACUACAUUUCUCUCUUUGGAUUAUUGUUUUGCUGAAGGAGCACCGUGUAUUAUAUUAAUACUGAUGUGUGACUACUUGUUUGGUAAUAUUUAUAACGGAAGAUCUUUAUCAACUGUUUAAAUGAAAUCAAGUAUUAAGUUUGUGCUUUUAUUACAGACACAAAUUAGUAGCAUAGUCAGUGUUUAUCUGCUUUUUUUUUUCAACAGAGCGUUUACAUGAGAACGUAAACCCACAAUUGAAUGCUUAACAAUUUUAGAAUAUUCAUGUUUACAUAUGUAACAGUAAAUCUCAAAUAAAACAAGCU